CAUCUCUGCCAAAAACAUUUCUUAAAAACUAAAAACAGAAACAUCAGCAACUCACGCAUGACAAAGUUUUGAAUUUUUCUUUCAUUUCAAUAAAAUUGAUUUUUUCGCAGUUACUAUAACUAAACUUAAAUGGCUGGGUACAAUCCGGUUGAUUUGGUCGAAGAAGAUGCUGCAGAUUUGCAGUUUCCCAAAGAGUUUGAGAAUGCUGAAACACUUCUAAUUAGUGAAGUGCACAUGCUGCUUGAACAUCGCAAAAACCAGAACGAAUCCUCCGAGGAAGAACAGGAGUUUUCCGAUGUUUUUCUGAAAACUUACAACUAUACUGGUCUGUUUCGGAAAUUUAAGAACAAGGAAACUAUUGCUAGUGUGCGAAGUUUGCUGAUGUCAAAAAAGCUCCACAAAUUCGAGCUGGCUGCACUAGGCAACCUAUGUCCCGAUACACCAGAGGAAGCAAAAGCAUUGAUUCCCUCAUUAGAAGGCCGUUUCGAGGAUGAAGAACUGCGACAAAUCUUAGACGAUAUCGGAACGAAGCGGAGCUUACAAUAUUGAGUGUAUUACAAAUGUGUGUCGUGUAACAAUAAAUAUUCUUUUUAACAA